AUGGGUCAUAGGUAUCAUCGCCGUUUUGCCGGUAGAAUAUCCUAUAUCAAUCAGUGGGUGAAGUAUUCUUUGUGUUUGGCGAAUUUUAUUUUUUUAACUAUUGGAGCAGUAUUUCUUGUUGUCGGUGUGAUUGCAUUUGUCGAGUCUGGAGGUAUACCAUGGAAAUCUAACAUCGGUGCAUUACAAUGGCUUUUCAAUUUGACCGUAAUAUGUAUCGGUUUUGGUGUAAUAACCUUAUUUGUUUCAUCAGCUGGUUUUGUGGGCUCCUUACGUGAAAAUAGUUGCCUUCUGAAAUUUUAUUAUAGUGUCUUAACAAUACUCUUUCUGACAGAAGUUAUUUGCUGCGUAUUAUUCUUUGUGUAUCGUGAUUCAGCCCUACGUAAACUAGAAGAUUUAAUAAGAACUACUUUUUUAACUCAGUAUCGGGAAAUUGGGUUCGAGGAUACGACAAAUUUUAUGGAUUUCAUUCAAAGAGAGCUCAAUUGUUGCGGACCGAAGUCGUAUUUAGAUUGGACAGCUAAUCGUUAUUUUUCGUGUAGUAAUUCGAAUGUAAGUCCAGAGGCUUGUGGAGUUCCCUAUUCUUGUUGUCGUCAAAUGAACAAUAUAAACGUUAAUGUGAUCAAUACUUCAUGUGGUUUUGGUGUGCAAAAGUUAACUAGUACAGCAGCUAGUCGUUUGGUAUGGACAACUGGUUGUGUACAAGCCCUUGUCAAUGUGGUAGAAGUUAAUAUAGUUCCUUUUGCUUGUGGAGUUAGUGGUAUAGCUGUAUUACAACUUUUGGCAAUUUUACUCGCAAAAACACUCCAUACACAGAUUAGUGAUCAACUCCGUUUGAUAAAUCAGGUUAUAUAUUAUCAACUGAAUUUGUAUUCAAUGUUACAGACCAAGAUGCCAUUGUUCCAAAAGAAGUUCAGUGUGCCGAAAUUUCCUGCUCGAAAAGCAUCUAGUUUGACAAAUUUGUCCCAUCUCGGUUCAACUACCAGAAGUCAAGAAUUCAGUACUGAUUUUGGACCAAUCAAAACACGCUUGAGUGGACGUGAUCUUGUUUUUCGAAAUGGUCAAUGGAUCAUCGAGGGGGAGAACGCUGGCUUAGAAGAGUCUGUAAAUUCCGCUCAAAUAGGACGUGAAACUUUCCGCAUUAAAAAAGAAAAUCACCAGCUUAUUGAAGAAAAUAACCUGCUGAAAUUAAAAAUCGAUAUCCUCUUAGACAUGCUUGCUGAAACUACUGCUGAAGUACACUUGCAAGAGAACGAAAUUGAAAAUCUACGUAAUACACUACACAAGAAGCCAAAUACAAUCCAAGUAUCUUAG